GCGACAACUCUCUUAGAUUUCGUCGUCUUUAUAGUAGGCAAAAUGUCAGGGAAACCAAUCGUUAAAAAGAAAAAACUUUCAAUAGAAGAAAAAACAGCCAUUUCGCUGGAAAAAAAACUUGCUAGUGAUAAAAUAAAAACAGAUGCCAGACGGUUAAAGCGAAAUCCAUUAAACCUCCCGUUUGUUUCCAGGUAUGGGGAUUUCAAAGAAGAAAAGAAUGAAAUACUUGCCAGAAAAGCUGUUAAUAAAGUUUCUAAAAUGAAAGGUAAUCAUAUUUUGAGACCAAAGUUAACCCAAAGACAUAAUUUACUCUUUUUCAAUAUGGGAUUGGUAAAUAAAAACCCUGUUGAGGAAAGUGAAACAGACCUUCUGCCUCACAAUGGAAAUGAACUCGAACAACAUUCUUCUACAUCUGCAUAUGAUACGAUGACUACAGCUGACAGCUGUGCCAGCACAGUAUUGUUGUCCGGUUUGGCAAGCCAACCAGAGCUUGAGCCUCAAAGUGAUAUUGAUCAUCAUCUUUCCACCUCUUUCAAUUAUACCAUGUACUAUCAGAACAGCUGUACCAACACUCUAUUAAGUUCCUGUUUGGAACAGAUGGAAAUGGCUGCUAGUAUUCACAUCGAGGCUCUACAAGGAGAAAGAGUCACCGAACAGCAGCCAUCUUCAAAAAAAAAGGAUGAAGCAGCAGAAGGAGAGAAGGCUGAAAAUUUGUGGAAAGAAAAACAAGAGGAUGUCUACAAGGCUUUCGAAACAUCACAUGCCUCAUCUGCUCAUGGGAGGAUGUGUUCUUCAGAUGGAUGUCUUAAUUCCCUUUUUGACCAUCAUAUUCGCUGUGAUGAUUGUAAGUCGUUGUCUAUGGCGUAGGUGUAGCGUUUCUGUAUGUGAUGCUUGAGAUCGAUGUUUGCUUCCAGAUGAGGUGAGGAAUUAUUGUGGUUUUCUUACGAGAAAUUCUCGUUUAUAUAUAAAACCAGUUUUCAUCGUGCAAUAUGUGUUUUUUUUUUGUUUAUUAAAUAACUUAAAAAAUAAUAAUUCACUUCGUUCUAAAAAAUUAAUAUUCCCAGCAUAUUCGAAUGAAAAUAUUAUAAAGAUACGAAAUGUUUCACAAUUCCUUAUCGAGAAUCGAACACUGAUCUACGGCGUCGCAAUCAGAUGCUCUACGCAUAUGCCAUCGGUAUCGAUAUAAUUGUGCACAGGCAGCUCUAUGACUUA